CCUAGUGACUUUCCUCUGUUGCAACCUCCCUCCCUGAGAUUCCAAGCUUUCCCUCUCACCACCAAACCAUUAAAGGCAGGCACAGGCACAGCAGCUCAGCUUCCUCCUCUCCUCUGCACUGCUUCCUCCUGAUGCUUUUCAUGGUGGAGAUGGCAAGAAGCUUCCCUCUUCCUCCUCCUCCUCCUCCCCAAAGGUGCAAUGCCCUCGCCUUUGCAUCAUCUUUCUGGUUAAUUUAGCUUCUCCCCUUUCUCGUGUCCUUAGAUUUCUUGGUUCUUGGUAACGCCGCCUCUGCUGCCGGAAAAUGGCGGCGGGGCUACUGCUGAAGCUGGUCGGGUUCUGCUUCUGGGCCGUCUUCUGGCUCGGCGGCGCCGCCACCGUCAGCACCAACGCCGGCGGCGAGGCGGCGGCGGCGGCGGUGGUGGUGGACGCGCGGUCCGCCAUUGCUGUGACGGACGAGGACUUCGUGUGCGCGACGCUGGAUUGGUGGCCGCCGGACAAGUGCGACUACGGCACCUGCAGCUGGGGACUCGCCACCCUCCUCAACAUGGAUCUUUCAAACAAAAUCCUGUUGAAUGCCGUCAAAGCAUUCUCACCUCUGAAGCUUAGGCUGGGAGGAUCCUUGCAGGAUGUGUUGAUAUACGACACCGGCGAUCCUCGGCAGCCGUGCACUCCGUUCACGAAGAACUCAUCGGCCAUGUUCGGUUUCACUCAAGGUUGCCUGCCGUUGCAUAGAUGGGACGAGCUCAAUGCAUUCUUCCAAAAAUCAGGAGCAAAAAUUAUCUUUGGGCUGAAUGCUCUGAAUGGUAGGGUUCCAAUGUCUGAUGAUUCUUUAGGAGGGCCAUGGAAUUACACCAAUGCGGCUUCCUUCAUUCGCUACACUGUCAGCAAGGGCUAUGACAUCCAUGGAUGGGAACUCGGAAAUGAACUCAGUGGCAGUGGAGUUGGAGCUCGAGUUGAUGCAGACCAAUAUGCACAAGAUGUUCUAGCUCUGAAACAAAUCAUUGACAACUCCUACCAAGGCCAUGCAUCAAAGCCACUGGUGAUCGCACCGGGAGGUUUCUUUGAUGCAGCCUGGUUCACUGAGCUUAUCAGCAGAACAAAGCCAAACCAGAUGGAUGUGAUGACUCACCACAUCUACAAUCUAGGCCCUGGCGUCGACACGCACCUGAUUGAUAAAAUUCUUGACCCGUCUUACCUCGACGGCGAGGCCGGCACAUUCAGCAGUCUCCAGGGGAUACUGAAGUCUGCAGGGACGUCCACCGUCGCGUGGGUCGGCGAGGCUGGAGGCGCUUACAACAGUGGUCACCACCUUGUAACUGAUGCUUUUGUGUUCAGCUUCUGGUACUUGGAUCAGCUAGGAAUGUCAUCUAAGUAUGACACAAAGACCUACUGCAGACAGACCUUGAUUGGAGGGAACUAUGGUCUGCUCAACACAACAACGUUUGAACCAAACCCUGAUUACUACAGUGCUUUACUAUGGAACCGCCUCAUGGGAACCAAGGUUCUCUCGGCAACAUUCAACGGCACCAACAAGAUCCGCGCUUACGCACAUUGCGCAAGAGAUUCACGUGGGAUCACUCUACUCCUGAUCAACCUCAGUGGCAACAACACAAACCAUAUCUACGUGACGAGCGAAGGCGUGCAACCUUACAGCACAAAGAAGGAGGGCCGCAGAAGGUUCGGACGCAUCCCCGGGCUCGGCGAAGAAGCUCAGCUCAUCAGAGAAGAGUACCAUCUCACCCCCAAAGAUGGGAGCCUGCAGAGCCAGCAUGUGCUGCUGAAUGGCAAUGUGUUGGCACCUGAUGCCAAUGGAGAGAUCCCUAAGCUGGAGCCUGUGCAGGUGGAGGGAACACAGCCCAUAACAGUGGCUCCUUACUCCAUUGUGUUUGCUCAUAUUCCCAGAUUCUAUGCUCCUGCCUGUAGGUAGAUAUUGUUGAUUGUUGAUUGGUUUUUGUGUGAAUUUGGGAUGAUGUUUAUUAUCUUCAUAGAUUUAGAGUAAUUGUGGGUGAGAGGCAAAGCAUGCUCACCUGCUGCAAAAUGAAGUAAACUGUAAGGCUGAAAGCUCUGUGAUUUGCCAUUCUUUUAGGUGGAAAAAGGGUUAAGGAAAUGUAUGAACAAAAGGAUGUGAAUUGAAAAGAAGAAAUAAUAGUAAGUUCCAAUUUGAUCCA